AUGCCCAACUACCAGCAGGGAUUUGAUAAGCCACCUGGACACGAAUGGUUCUAUUUGGGCGUCGGCGGGGCGGCGGGUCUCGCCGCGCUCAUCGCCAUCGCCGCAUUAUUGGCCGUCCGUAAACGACGUCAAUACCCGUCACUUCUUCUUCCACCGAAGCAGGUAAUCGCCGUUCGCGGUGGCUUCGCCAAAGGUCCCGGCGGUCUCAAACAAUCCCCAUCGCCACUUCAAUCGCCACUUUCCAAUGAUUCGACACCAUCGCCGGUGGUGCCGUUCCAAACACUUCUCGAGGAUCGCACCAGAAAGCUGUCGCCAUCGGAAUUGCCGUCUGAGCGCGGAACAAUCACUUUUACGCUGAGCUACGAUCCAGUGAGCCUUGCUCUUCAGGUCGGUGUCAUCAACUGCCGCCAUCUUUGCGAGCUCGUCGUUUCCCGAGACGGACAAUGCCUUUUGGAUCCGUACGUCAAACUGCAGCUUCUUCCUGAGCGUGAGCAUCGCGUCAAGACCCGAAUCGUGCGCGCCACCACCAGUCCACAGUAUGACGAGCAAUUCACCAUGUACGGAGUGAGCAGCGAACACAUCAACAUGUCAACAUUGCACUUCCAGGUUGUCGCUUUUGAUCGCUACAGUCGCGACACCGUCGUCGGCGAAUGCGUCUAUCGUCUUGGCAACGCCGAGCUCAUGCUCAAUCCGGAAAUGAGAGUCGAGAUGCCGCUUUUGCCGCGCGCAACCGACUCGGUUGCCGCUCGCGGUGAGCUUUUGCUCUCACUCACCUACCAAGCGGCGUUCAACAACCUCACCGUUGUGGUCUUGAAAGCUCGUGGUCUUAGCAAGAACGACGCCGGAACUGCCGACCCGUAUGUGAAAUUGUACUUGCGCAAAGACAACGGCGAGCGAAUUCUGAAGAAGAAGACGCAUGUGAGACGGUCGACACUCAAUCCCGUCUACAACGAGUCGUUUGUGUUCGAGCUGCCUGAAGAUCGGCUUGAUCGCGCCGUCAUUGAUCUACAGGUGAUCAAUCAUGACAAGAUCAAUCGGAAUGACGUCAUCGGUCGCGCGCUUCUCAACAUGGAAGACUCGCACGUCGUCGAGGUGCUCGAGAAUCCCGGCCGACAAUUGGGAAACGGGUUGGAAAUGACGAAAUCAUUUCCAUUCCUGCUUAUAUUAUAUUGUCUAUGCUCAAUUAAUGCAUAUCGUUUGAAUGUACCGCGUGUUCUCCUGCCCUAUCAUCCAAGUGUUCCAGUGUCUUUCAUUUUGGAGGUAACCCAUCCAAGCGGAGGUUGUUUUUCAUGGAGAUCCACUAGACCUGACGUUGUUUCCGUGAAAAGUAUUAAAACAAAUGCAAAUGGGUGUUCCGAUAAAGCUGAAAUUCGAUCGGUUGCGAAACCUGGCGGAAUUGGCACCUCUGAAUUGUCGGCGGUUAUUUUUGCAGAAGAUCAAGGAAGCGGCUCAACGCUGAGUUGCGGUGUUACUGUUGACGAAAUCGCCACGAUUAGCAUUGAAACGACCACCAAAGUGCUUUUCGUCGAUGCCGCACCAGCAAGAAUGACUGUGGAUGCGUUCAACAAAGAUGGCGACCGAUUUUCAACGUUAAGCGAAAUCGCAUUGGAAUGGGAGCUUGCGUCGACGUCGUCGAAUGGCGAGAAGCCUCUUCGAAUCGUUCCUUUCGAGCAAUCCACCUACGAAGCGCCGACCGAAAUCGUCAAAUUGGAGAAAAACCGAAAGAAGGGCUACGUGAUUCUGAUUGAAGGCGUUGGAACCGGAACAGCCAAACUCACGUCGAAAUUCAGCGAUCCGUACUUGAAGAACGUUGAAGCUCAUAGUGUCGAGCUCGCGGUGGUGGCGAAUUUGCUUCUGGUCCCUGCUCAGGAUUUGUACAUGCCGGUGAACUCUGUCGUCCCGUUCCAAGUGCUUAUUGUGAAGCAAUGGGGAACUGAAGUGGUCCCAAUGCCCUCAUCGUCCUAUCACCUUCAAAUCGACAGCGACGACGUUGGAUUGCUUGACACGAGGACGUCUAGCGUUAGAGCGUUGGCCAGAGGAAGCACCGCUGUUCAUCUUCUCAGCAGUCAUGUCGAUGUUCGCGCAAAAGCCGGCCUCCGCCCACCAUCCACCCAAAUUCACGUCGUCGAUCCCGAAUCGGUGCAAUGGCAGGUUUCCGGCGGAAAUUGGAUGCUUCAAACCGGAAAACAAUACGCGAUCAACGUCGAGAUUCUCGAUGAGCAUGGAAAUGUGAUGUUCAUUCCCGACAACGCCAAAUUCGAUACGAAAAUUGAUGAGAGUGUAAUGCGUGUUGAUUUCAUGUCGAAAAAUGGGACUUGGAUGCUGGUGACGCCAUUGAAGCCGACGAAAACGGUUCUUAACACGAAAUUUGUUGCUAUUCGUGAUGCGAAGGGAAAUGAGGUGGCGCAAAGCGGACGAGUCGCUGGAGAGCAGAAGGCGACAAUUGUGGAGCCGGUUCGAAUUGAGCCGCCCGUUAUCUACCUUCCGCAUCUUAAUGAGAAAAAGUCGACGAUCAAUCUAUCGGCGUUCGGAGGAAGUGGAAUAUACGAAUGGAGCGUUGCGGACCGACAUAUCGCGUCGAUUGAAACAAAUUCGGGAAAAUUGAUUGCGAAUGGUUUAGGAGACACCGUCGUCAAAGUCACCGACAAAAUCAAUCCGUCGUUGUUCGCUGAAGCCAAAGUGUUCGUCACAGACGUCGCCGGAUUGACAUUCGGAGAAACUGCGCGCGAAACAUUCGUCGGCUCGGAUCUUCUGCUCAACAUCAAAGUGUUCGGAAUCAAUCCGGAUGAUGGUGUGUCGCAGAUUUCGAUGAGCGAUUGCCGAAAUAUUGAUGUUCGGGUGACGGUGGCGGAUUCGAGCCUCAUGCGGCAUCAGCAAAACGCCGAAAAUGUGCUACCGACAAUUGGAACUGGCUGUUCGACUGUGAAAUUGAUCGGACUGGCCUCUGGAGACACCAAAGUCACGAUUUACUAUGGAGGUCAUCAGGCUAGCAUUGAUGUUUCCGUUUAUGACAACUUUGAUAUAUCGCAUAAAAAUGUGGUGCUUGGACUUGGAUCGAACUACCGGCUCGAAUUGAGUGGAGGACCGCGACCAUGGAUUUUGGAUCCGUCGUCGUUCUAUAGAAAGAGCUCGGAAUCGAAGAUUGUGCGAAGCGAAUUCGAUCAUGAGCGAGUUGUUCUGACUUGUGGCGGCGAGGAGGCCUUGGAAUCGGUUUGCAUCACCGUCGGGAAUCAGAAGAGCCCGUCGCUUCCAUUCCCGCUUCACGCCAAGAUCUGCACAUCGGUUUGUUGUGCGCUGCCGAUUCGUCUCGAGAUAUUUGAAGACGACGUGAAACCCGUCAAGUGUCCGGCCAAUGUGCACGUUAUGCUAGUUGAAUCGCGAGCCAAGGUCCAACUGCGUGGUCAUGGAGUUUGUGAUGGAAGUGCGACGCCGUUGCAAUCGAUUAACGGAGUUGAAGCUCGUUGGAAGUCGACGAAUUCGUAUAAUUUGAAGAUUGAGAAAACUGGAGUCGACAACUCGAAUUUGUUCGCUGAGCUUCAUUCAAAGUCGAAAGAAAGCGUUGAAAGCAUAACUGCCGAGGUGGCGUCGAUUCGCGGAUUCCGUGGAAACCUGAAGUCGCUUGAAGCCAAAUAUGAUGUGACGAUCACCGAAGGAUUGAAGGUCUCGCCGCCGACACUCGUUCUUUGGAACGAGGCGGUCUCGAAGGGAAAUUUCGCGAUUAAUGGAGGCUCCGGUCAUUUUGUCGUCAACGACAUUCCGGCGACGAGUUCGCCGAUUUCGAUCGCGAUGCGAGGAAGAGCGUUGACGGUGACGCCGCGCAAUCAUGGACAAAUGACGCUGAAGAUCGUGGACGCUUGUCUGCCGAGUCAGACGGCCGAAGCGCACGUCCGAGUUGCCGAUAUCAAUUCGCUCGAUAUUGAGGUCGCGCAGUAUGUGGAGAUUGGCAAAGAGAUUGAGGUCGAGAUUGUGGCGCUUGAUGAGACCGGCGCGACUUUUGACAAGGAGAGACGAGCGCUGGCUGAUGCUCAACUCGACGUUAACAAUCAGCAUGCUUCACUGAAAAAAAUCGACGGUCUUCGCUACAUUCUACGCGCCGAAUCGAUUGGAACGGUUUCGUUGAGCGCGCUCGCCAAAUCGACGUCGGGACGAGUUUUGACGUCGCGACCCAAGACGGUUCAGAUCUUCUCGCCGAUUAUGCUUCAGCCGAAAUUUUUGACAUUGAUUCCUGAGGCGAAAUUCCAGCUCGAAGUCGUUGGAGGACCCCAACCGACGCCGCCGCUGGAUUUCGCGUUGAACGACUCGAAAAUUGCGACGGUCGCGUCGAAUGCGUUGAUCACGUCGUCGCAUCUCGGAUAUACGUCGAUCACCGGAACGGUUCGCGUUGGCGAUGGACAUGUCACCAAGGAUAGCGUUGUUCUGCGCGUCGUGUCGCUUUCGGGAAUCACGUUGGCUGCGUCAGCGCGUCGCAUUGAAACUGGUGGUAGAGUGAACUUGCGAUUGCGCGGAAUCGUUCAUGGAUCCAGCGAUGAGGAGCCGUUCGCGUUCGGUGGCGCGAUCUAUCCAUUCAAAGUGACCUGGUCGGUAUCGGACCCGCUUGUUCUUCAAUCUGUGCAUCCUUUGGGAAGCGGCGUGUCGGAAUCGAGUGAGAAUCAAUUUGCAAUUUGGUUUGACGCGCUUCGAAGUGGAUCGGUCACCAUCAAAGCCAAGGUUGAAGUUCAUAAGAAUGCCAAGAAGCAUUUUGUCGGAUCGGAGACGACGUUCUACGCGGAGACGACCGUCACCGUUGAGGAUGCAUUGUCGUUGAUUGAGCCGAAGAUGGCGGUUCCUGCUGUUCGAGUGGCUACCAACUCCCAGACGAAGCUUGUCACUGCUUGGUCGCAGGCGAUGUUCUCAGUUCCUAGCGAGUAUUCGACUCGAGUCUCGGUGUCACCUGACGGAACGUUGACCACGAACGGAAGAGAAGGAGCUGCGGCGAUCUCGGUGCGCAGAAUUGACUCUUCUGACAAUGAGACGGCCCUGAUUCCGAUUACGGUCUCGCGGGUUUACUCGUUGGAUGUUCACCCGACUGUUGAGCUGCGGAAUGCUGUCGACAGCUCACCGCUCAUCCAUCUGCCGGUUGGCGCGCAAAUUCAGCUGAACGUCGUCGCUCGAGACGUUCGUGGAAGGGCGCUGUCGUCGUCGUCAUCAUCAUCGAUCAACUACCGACCGCAUCGAUUCGAUCUCACUGACAUCGCCGCCAGUAACAAUAACUAUACGCUGACGAUUACGAUGAAAUCGCCGGGAGAGACGGUCAUUCGCAUCGCCGACACGACCAAUUCGCAUAUAUCGACGUUUGUGCGACUUUCGGCGUCAGAAUCGAUUCUUCCGCCGUCGGCGCAUAAAUAUUCGCAUGAUCUCGUCGUGUCGGAUGUGAUGUGCCUGCAAGCGAAUAUUCUAUCAGGAGGAGCGCGAUGGUCUUCGAAGAGCUCCAGUCAGGGACGAAUUGAAUGGAUCGAUGAGAGCCUCGGUGUCGGCCAAUUGGCGAAAGCUGGCGACACGUUCAUCAAACUUCACGCCGAUGAGCAGACGAUUCACUCGAAGGUCACCAUCAUCGAGCCGCACCAUCUUCGGUUCACGGAGAAGUCGAAGCCGUCGUUGGUUGUCAACGAUGAGAGCUCGACAUACUUGUUCUCGGUGUCAGCGGCAACGAAUCACACCAGCAGCGGCAAAUUGAAUUCGAUCUAUGGAGAUUGCUCACCGGAGCAGAUUUCGCUGUUCGACUCGAUUCGGCCGCCGUUCGAGUGUCGCGUCUCGUUUGUGCGCAAAUCGAAAACGCUUCCGGCGGUGAAUUGGCUGCGCGCAUCGCCGGUAUUCCAAAACGACGUUGGUUACGCGUGCGAGAUUCGCAAACUCGACUCAUCGAUGAUGGCGUCGGGAAUUGCGAUUCCCGACGAAUUGGCGUCGACUCAAUAUGAUUUGGAGAUUGAGGCGAAAUGGAUACUGGAUGCGACGAAUGUCAAGUCGGGCAAGACGAUUGUGCCGUUCCAUUUCGCCAUGUUCGCCGAGGAAUCGGAGCUGGUCUUCUCGAACAUGGAGCAAACCGACACCGCCCUCUCGGUGUGGGCACCCGCCUAUGAUUUGAAGAACGUGAUUGUGCGCGGUUGCGAGGGCGACAUCGUCACCGUUCAGAAGCUCUAUGGCAAAACCGACAAGCACUCGGCGAAGAGCAACGCGUUCUAUAACGUUCGAUUGAAUAUCAAAUCGGCGGCGUUGUUCUCGGAACACGCGCGGAAGUGUCGCGUCGUCGUCGAGAACACGCAGACAGGCCAGACGAUUCAGAUUCCGAUCACAAUUCAGAUUCUCGAUGAGACGGCUAAACAAGUUUAUAACGCACUUGAUCGGCAAGGAUUCAUCGAUUUCAUGCUUCUCAUUGCUCAUAAAUAUAAUAACAUGAUUCCGACGAUGCUUUGGACGUGCGUUAUUGGAUUGGUUAUACUGGCCGCUUGCAUCUAUGCGAAAAUGAAGAUUUGGGAGAAUCGCGGAGCUUUUGACGACACCGCCAUCAACUCGACGAUCCAUCAGACGUCGCUGGCGAGCUCGUUGUCGUCAAGCGCAAAUUCGUCGGCGAUGUUCCGCGACUCGCCCAUCUUCCGCUCGACACCCAUCGCCGGAUCGCCGUCGAUUUCGGUGGGACCGCGUGACCGCCUCCGCGCCGCCGCUCACCUUGGAUCCAGUGGAGAUGGACGCAUUUGGUCCACCGAGAAACGGUAA